AUGCCCCGAUGCCCCGCGGGGACCAUGGACGAGGGGCCCGUGGACCUGCGCACCCGGCCCAAGGCCACCGGACCCCCGGGCGCCGCGCUGCCGCUCCGCAAGCGCCCUCUGCGCGCGCCCUCCCCGGAGCCUGCCGCCCCGCGCGGCGCUGUGGGCCCCGUCGUCCCCCCGGAUCCCCUCCGCGGUGGCUCCGACACACCGGCUGUGCCCGCGCCCCCUCACGGCCUGGCGCGGCCAGAGGCAAUUUACUACCAGGGACCUUUACUCUCCCUGUACCCCACCCCGACCAUGGGCUCCCCCUUUCCUCUGCUGAACUUGCCUACACCUCUGUACCCCAUGGUGUGCUCCAUGGAACACCCCCUGUCAGCUGACAUCGCCAUGGCCACGCGAGCUGAUGAGGAUGGAGACACGCCACUCCACAUUGCCGUGGUGCAGGGCAAUCUGCCGGCUGUGCAUCGCCUUGUCAACCUCUUCCAGCACGGCGGCCGGGAACUGGAUAUCUACAACAACCUCCGGCAGACACCGCUACACUUGGCUGUGAUCACCACCUUGCCGUCUGUGGUCCGGCUCCUGGUGAUGGCCGGUGCCAGCCCCAUGGCACUGGACCGCCACGGUCAGACGGCAGCCCACCUGGCGUGCGAGCACCGCAGCCCCGCCUGCCUGCGGGCCUUGCUGGACAGUGCGGCCGGGGGUACCAUGGAUCUAGAGGCCCGCAAUUACGAUGGGCUCACCGCCCUGCACGUAGCGGUGAACACCGAGUGCCAAGAAGCGGUGCUGCUCUUGUUGGAGCACGGCGCGGACAUCGACGCGGUGGACAUUAAGAGCGGCCGCUCCCCACUCAUCCACGCCGUGGAAAACAACAGCCUGAGCAUGGUCCAGCUGCUGCUACAGCACGGCGCCAACGUGAACGCGCAGAUGUACUCUGGCAGCUCCGCGUUGCACUCGGCGUCCGGCCGCGGGCUCCUCCCGCUCGUGCGCACGCUGGUCCGCAGCGGCGCAGACAGCGGCCUCAAGAACUGCCACAACGACACGCCGCUCAUGGUGGCGCGUAGCCGCCGGGUCAUCGACAUCCUGAGAGGCAAGGCCACACGGCCUGCUCCGGCAUCCCAGCCAGAGCCCUCCCCGGACCGGAGCGCCACCACCUCCCCUGAGAGCAGCAGCCGCCUCAGCUCCAAUGGUCUUCUGUCAGCAUCACCACCCUCCUCGCCCUCCCAGUCUCCCCCCAAGGACCCUUCUGGAUUCCCCAUGGCUCCCCCCAGUUUCUUCCUUCCUCCCUCAUCUCCACCGACCUUCCUGCCCUAUGCCGGAGUCCUCCGAGCCCCUGGCCGGCCGGUGCCCCCCUCCCCAGCUCCAGGAGGUAGCUGA